UAUCCUGGAACUCACUCUGUAGACCAGGCUGGCCUUGAACUCAGAGAUCCAACUGCCUGCCUCUGCCUCCCAAGUGUUGGAAUUAAAGGUAUGCGCCACCACUGCCGAGCUAAAUGACGUAUCUUUGCUUCUCAUUCUCCUUAGUAAAUCCAUGAUAUAACAUGUACUACAUAGAAUUUAUCGAGACUUAGGUUAAUGCUCAUAAAGUGCUUAGACCAGGUGCUUAGACACGUCACAAAGUGAGAGUUAGAUACAAAUUAGCUAUCAUUAUUAGCUAUAGUCAUUAACCACCUGGGGGAAUUUCAACUGGAUUUGGAGUCUGAGAGUCCGUCUGGAAAGGCCUGUCUAGGAGUGUCUUCUGAACGCGAUUUGCAUAACGGUUGAGGGCCUGGUGACGUCAAGCACUUCUUGAAGUUCUAGGUCAGCUGCAGCCUUCCAAGUGGUUCCAUUGUGGAGUCGCCCCACCAACCCCGCUUCCUACUCAACUGCUAAAGCACCAGGAAGUGAAACGGCUGAGGCCCUGUGCCUCCGACUCACCCGACUCACCCGCCAUCUGUGUUCCUGGAGAGCAUGACACAUGUGUCCCAACCUAGGCCUCUAGCCACAACAACCUCACCACUCAUUUCCCCUGGAACUGAGGCGGCAUACCUGGGCUCUCCAAAGAGGGAGAUGAUGCAGAGAGGGGAAUCCCACCUGCUCUGAGUCACCUGCUAGUGUAAAGGGCGGGCCUUACAGUGCAGGACCUUAAAAAGAGACUGCGAGACAAAAGGAAGAAAUCAGGAAGCAGCUUAGAAGUCGGACUACAGAGUUAAGACUCAGAGCGAAAGGAGGGUAGAGGGUCCAGAGGCCUGGUGCAGAGCACAGAGCCAGCCAGAUCCGAGAAGCAGACAACAAGAUGCCGGACUGCAGAGUGGUGAGACUGCUAUGGCUGUUGCCCUGGGCCACUUGGGGCCUGGCUGUGCCGAGGAGUAGCAGUCCCGACUGGGCUCAGUGCCAGCAGCUCUCUCGGAAUCUCUGUGCACUAGCCUGGAAUGCGCAUGCACCAGCGGGACCUGUGGAUCUACUAAGAGAAGAAGAGGAUGAAGAGACUAAAAAUAAUGUGCCCCGUAUCCAGUGUGGAGAUGGUUGUGACCCGCAGGGACUCAAGGACAACAGCCAGUUCUGCUUGCGAAGGAUCCGCCAAGGUCUGGCGUUUUAUAAGCACCUGCUGGACUCAGACAUCUUCUCCGGCGAGCCUGCUCUACUCCCUGAUAGCCCCGUGGAGCAGCUCCACACCUCCCUACGGGGCCUCAGCCAGCUCCUCCAGCCAGAGGAGCAGCACUGGGAGACUCAACAGAUGCCUAGCCUGGGUCCCAGCCAGCAGUGGCAGCGCCCCCUUCUCCGGUCCAAGAUCCUUCGAAACCUCCAGGCCUUUGUGGCCAUAGCUGCCCGGGUCUUUGCCCACGGAGCAGCAACUCUGACUGAGAGCCCUUAGUGCCAAUAGCUUAAGGAUGGUGCCCAGGUUCCCACGGCUGCAAAGAUAAGAUUAAUCAAUCUAUCCACCCAGACACCUACAAGCUAAUUAACCCAUUAGGAAUUGUGUGGUUCUUGUUUUGUUUGUUUUGUGUGAAGGGCAAGGACACCAUUUUUAAAAAGAAAAACAACAAACCCCAAAGCAGGCAGCUCACCAGAGGACAGAGUCGGAGAAGAGGAGUAAAGCCAGGCUCUGGGCCUUGGAAGCUGACAAGCAGCUGCAUGGCCGCGGCAAAGGGGGCGGUGGCGUCAGAGAGGCUGUGAGACAACCCAGGCUAUGGCCAGUGUCUUUAAGGAAAACAAGAAAAAGGGAAUGUUUUACUUUUCCGAGUGACUUGGGGAAGUGUGCAGACUCACUGUGCUCCAGACAGAAGGUCUGUAACUGCCUGCUUAGUCCCUUAGUUCUAACAGAAUCUAGUCACUAAGAAAUAACAGAACGACCAAUGCGGAUUGACAAAUACUACUAAUAUGACCUGUGACAAAGCUGCAUAUUUAUUAAGUGGGAAGGGAAGUUUUGAUAUUAUUUAUACUUGUAACAGUUUAGGGGAUUGUUAUUUAUUCUAUUUAUGAGGAAUUAUGUAUUUUUUUUCAAUAA